AUGGUUAGUGCCGAUGAUUUCUUCUUUCGUGGACUGAACAUACCCGGAAAUACAUCAAAUCCUCAAGGAUCAGUGGUCACUUUUGCGACUGUCGACCAAUUUCCAGGGCUCAACACUCUUGGCAUCUCUUUAGUCCGUAUCGACUAUGCACCCUAUGGUCUCAAUGCGCCUCACACGCACCCCCUGGCUUCUGAGGUUCUUCUUGCUGUGGAGGGUACUCUGUAUGUUGGAUUCGUUACUUCAAACCCAGGAGAUCCAAACAUAAAGUACAAACUCUUUACCAAGACUUUGUAUCCAGGAGACGUCUUUGUGUUUCCACAAGGUCUCAUUCAUUUCCAGUUAAAUGUGGGGAAGAAUAAUGCUGUUGCAUUUGCUGGUCUAAGCAGCCAAAACCCAGGACGAAUCACAAUUGCAAAUGCAGUUUUUGGAUCCGACCCGCCCAUUAAUAUCGAUGUUCUCACCAAGGCUUUCCAAGUUGAUGCGAAUGUGAUUAAAUAUCUUCAAGGACAGUUCUGA